UGAGUCCCAGUGCCAGUGGGGAGAGAGCGCCAUUGCAGGGCUGGGUAGCACCGGACUCACCCCACGGCCGUGAGAAGGGACGACCUGCCGGCCUCGGGCCUGGGUGGGAUGGUGGACACAUGGGCUGCUGCUUUGGUGCCCCUUUGCAAAGGGAUCUUUCAUUAUGGUGCGCAGGUGAAGAGCCGGAUUCCUGUUCUCCCACCCCAGCCCUACUUCUGCCCACUUGGUCCAGUCUGCAGAACUACACAGCUGAGCCUCAAGAAAAAUGCUUCCCGGAGGAGACCAUGGCAUCAGGUAACCCCAGGCAGCUGGAUCCAGGAGAUCAGCCUGCACAGGUAGCAGAGAGCCCUCUGGAGACCGAGUCUGUGUCACUGGCUGUAGGGGAAGGAUUUCCAACUGAGAUUGCGCUUGUGUUCUCUGUUGAGAGUCGCACUUCUCAGUGUGUCAACUCCCAGCUGCAGAAGGCAGCAAGGAAGAAGCUGUGGGCCCUGGAAAAUGAUGACAAGGACAUCUGUGAUCUUUUCAAGGAGCUCUCAGCCAGGCUGGUCUGUAUCCAGGCCCAGAAGGAUCGGUUCCUCCUCGCCUUCAAGACCACAGAAGAAAUCUGGAAGUUUUCCACAUAUUUGGCUUUAGGCUACGUGGCUUGCUGUUUGGAGCAUCUUCUCUUUGACCAUGGGUACUGGUUGAACUGUUCUCUGGUGGAGGACACUGAGAUCAGAAUUACUGUAGAUGAAGAUCACUUGGCCACCAUGUAUCUGGGUCUGCUACUCCAGGAAGGUCACUUCUUUUCCAGAGCAGUGUUCAAUGUGCCUCAAUCCCUGGAGGGGGGAGAGGAAAGCUUAAAGCUGCACAAGAACGAGCUAGUGCACGUGAAGGACAUUGGGAAAGAAUCGAAAUGGGAAGGGAUGUCCUUAUCAACAGGUCAGCGAGGCCUGGUGGCUGUGGCAGCCAUAGAGCCAUUGCCCCACCCAUUUUACCAGUGGUUUCUGAAGAACAAUCCAAUGAGCUGCGGCACCUCCAAGGAGAUCAGCGGGACAACCUCUCAGCCCAUUGGCACGGGGAGGUGCACGGCCACAGAGGAUCACAGAGGGAGAGGAUGGGAUGAACUGAGUUUCUCCAAGGGAGAUAGCAUAGAGGUUGUUGGUUUUCUUAUACCAGGACUGCUGUGGUUUGUGGGGAAAUCCACAAGCAGUGGGACCAUUGGCUUUGUCCAGAGCAAACACAUAGCAGCAGAAACUUGUGAACCUCUGGGAAAGGGUUCAGUGUUUCUAAGUGAAGAAGAGAAAUCCUCCCUUCUCCUCCUCCCUGGCAGCGAGCAGCACUACACCAGCCUCCUCGAGGACCUGGCCCGCACAGACAUCACUUCUGUGUACAGGCUUGCUGGUUUCGAACCCACAGCCACGUUUCCAGGAGGGCCAUCUGAGGCUGCUCUUCAGGGGUAUAAGGAUGUCCAGCUGCUCAAGACCUGUGGGGAAUCUGCUGCAAACAGCCUGUCCACACCUAGUGACACAGAGCAGUCUAGCCUGGAGGGCGAAGCAUCGCCCACUGCCCUGGAAGAAUUUCUUCUGCGAGAGCCAGAUGACCUCGAUGACCCCAAGUUCUUUAUUGACCUGAAUGCUGGGCACAUGGAGGACGCUGAAGUCUUUGACCCCAUACUGACCUUCCUUAACCAAGGGUGCUAUGUGGCCCCUUUCCAAAGCCUCUAUGACCUCUCCUUUUCCUUCCUCCGCUCCACUUUUUAUGGCUUCUCUGAUGAGGACAAACUGGUCUUGUACCUCGAGACCUCCAGAAAUUGGGCCAAGAGGACUCACCUAGGCUGGGCUCACACCAGGCUCUGUUUCCUUCUGGGAAGGCUGUGCAUCAAAAGGGUCAAGUUCUCCCAGGCCCGAGUCUAUUUUGAAGAAGCCAUGAAUGUCAUGGACAAGGGGUUUGAUGACCUGCCCCUAUUGGCUGCACUGCAUGUGAACCUUGCCGCUAUCUACCUGAAGCAGAAGAUGAGGCACAAGUUCUUCUCCAUGCUGGGGAAAGCUGUGGCCCUGCUGGCCUGCUUGCCUGGACACUGCUUCAGCUCCGAGAACGAGUUGGAGGUCGUGAAGUACAUCCUGAGGGAAGCCAUCGUCGUGGGCAAUGCCCCCUUGGAGGCCCGGGCCUGCUUUCUUGUUGUCAAGCUUUUCAUGCAGUUGGGCAAAUAUGACGAGGUCCUGCCCUUUGCAGAGCGCCUUCAGUUCCUCUCUACCUGCGUCUCCAGCCAGGACUCCAGUGCCACAUGCUUGGACACCACCCCUAUCCUGAGCUACCUCUAUGACAAGAAGUACUUGCCGCACAUCACGUUGGCUUCCACCAGGCUGUUUGUUCCCAGUGGCAUAAAGGGGGCACCGACGCCUAUAUGGAGAGCUGGCUUAGUCCUCCAAAAUACCUCCAAGCUCUUGGGAAGCCAGCUGGGCAGGAGCAGCGUCCCAGCACUUGCUUGCCUGUAUCUCAGGCAUGCAUUGGCCUUCUCCCAUGAGAGUGGAGCUGUGUCCACCCAAAAGACCUUGUGUGCUGUCUUGUCCAAAAUGUACCUCCAGCAUGACAUGUUAGAUAGAGCACUUUAUUACUCUGCCAGAGCUGUAGCCCUUGGCAGGCUGAUGAGUGAGGAGGAGGCCUUUGAAUCUUCCCUUUUCUUGGGGUGGAUGUAUGUUCUGGCCAGCCAGCCGGCUAAGGCUAAGGCGAUCAUGUUGCGGCUCCUGCAUUCUCUGCGCGAGACAGACAGUGUUACUCAGGAUGGGGCAGUUCGCAACCUCCUGGCCAUUGCCCUCAAAGAAGAAGGAAAGGUGAAGAAGGCAGCAGAGAAUUACCUAUGGGCCUUAAACAAAGCCAAGGAGACUGGCAACAGGCAGAACCAGGCUAUUGCCCUGGCCAACUUUGGACACCUGACUCUCUCGUGCGGGGCGAGCCAGCUGGCAGAGAGCUACUUCCUCCAGUCUGUUCGACUGUAUAUUGAACUCCAGGGUGGGGAAGAUUCAGAGAUAGAGCUGGUGCAGGUCCUGCUGUGGCUGGCACAGGCCAUGCUGAGCAGGCACAGGAUAGAAGACAGCAAACUCUGUUAUGAGUUGGCACUGGUGUUUGCCCUGAAGUCACACAAUGUGAAGAGUCAGCUUCAUAUCACUGAGUCCCUCUGCCAUUUCUACAGCAAAGUAUCCCCAAAUCCCGGGGCCUGCAUCACCUACCAUGAGCACUGGGUAUCCCUGGCACAGCAGCUCCGGGACAGAGAGAUAGAAGGGAAAGUCCUGCAGACCCUCAGCCAGCUCUACCAGACUCUAGAGAUACCCAAGUCCCUGAGACGGUCUCUGGACUGCACCAAACAGAGCUUAAGGAUCUUCAUUGACCUGGGGGAGACAGCCAAAGCGGCUCAGGCCUGGCUGCAGGCUGGAAGGCUCUAUUAUCUCCUGCAAGAGGAUGAGCUGGUGGAAAUGUACUUCCAGGCAGCCAUACAGACUGCACUGAAACCAGGGGAGUUGUCCUUGGCCAUGGACCUGUAUGAAGAGGCUGGGGAUAUCUUUUUCAAUGGCAACCGAAACAGGCACCGAGCAGUGGAAUAUUACAGGGGAGGUGCUGUGCCUUUGGCCAGGAAACUGAAGGCCACCAGGACAGAGCUGCGGCUGUUCAAUAAGCUGGCAGAGCUGCACAUUGGGCUGCAGGGCUACGAGAAGGCCCUGGAAUUUGCCACACUGGCAGUCAGGCUCAGCAGCAGCGCAGGAGAUCAGUUGCAAGAGCUGGUUGCAUUUCACCGCCUGGCUACGGUGUACUAUUUCCUGCAGAUCUAUGAGAUGGCAGAGGACUGCUAUCUGAAGACACUUGCCCUUCACUCUCCGGCGCUGCAGUGUGCGGAAGAGGCCAUGUACUAUUGCAAGGUUUACUGCCGCCUUGGCAACCUGACCCUGCACAAACUGAAGGAUGAACAAGAUGCCGCUGCCUACUUCCUGUUGGCCCUGGCUGCUGCCACCGAGCUGGGAGACCAGAAGCUCCAAGGUGCCAUUCAUGCCAAGCUGACUCUCAUAUACAAUGCUCCCCUGUGGUAGAAGGGCCAGGCCUGGUGUGCUACCUAUCGGGCCAGGUGGCUGAGCGAAGGAGGACAUGUCAUUUGAGAAGCCUCCUCAUGGGACCCACACGCUCCAACACGGAAAACAGCCAAACCAAGUUAUCUUCUUACCUCAUUGCUGAAGGGCGGCCAUGUGCGUUCAGAGCAACAGCAAACAGCACACAUAUAGUCCUGCGCCCCGGCCUGUUCCCGAGCCAGGUUAUCUUCACGUGUCUAACAUUCAGAUGGAAAGACCAGCUGUUUGGGACGAGACACCUUCCCCUGAGCUCACUCGCAGGCUUUGCUCUUGGGUCACCUGGAAACCAGAUGAAAUCAUCAUCCCAGCCUGGUCAGUUAGCAUAAACAGCAAAGCACAUAAGUAGGAGACACCACCACCACCACCCGGACCCUGCUUGCAAACCUGUGCUGUACUGCAUGGGGGAGGCUCAGUGGCAACUCAGUUAUCAGCCUGAGCUAGGAUGGAACCAAAGUCCAGUGUUUGGGAAUGCACGGGAUGGAGAUUAUGGAAGUGGCCACUAGAUGGCACUCCAAGAACGCAGCUGAUCUGAGGGGACUGGUGCUGAAACUCAUCCCUGAUGGUGGGAAAGUGUUUUGUACGGUCAUCAGUCCGAUGCUCAUCUCAGAGAAUACGCCCUUCCCACCUGCAGCCCUAUAGACUUGGGCUGAGCAAAUGGCCUUUGGGGCCAUCGGUGGGAGCUUUGGCUCUAAUUCCAGGGGUAUUUUAACGUGUCUGAUAGCAAUUGUAUUAUUUAUUUCUGUAUUUUCUGUUCAGUCUGUCUCCUGUCUGUGAGGGGGCAGAUGAGCUACCUAGAUGCCACAAGAACACAGGGUCAGUUAUAAAGCAUCCCUCCUACAAAGCACCAUGAUGUAUGUUCCAACAGCUAGCCCAGCACCUAUCUGGGGACAGUAAAUAGGUGACAGUUUCCCAUGCAGGAGGGAGCAACUGUCCUCCCUAAAGCCACAGGCAAAGGGUAGGACAGGAUUCUGGCUUUGCACCAUGAAUGCCAUGGGAAGAAGGAGGAGCCCAUGCGUCCGCCUUCUGCCUGCACAGGCGAGGGCAUUGCUAAACUGCAGCCCUUGCUGUCACUUUGUGCAAAGCUGCAACAUGCGCCUCCAGUCAUACCCCAGCAGGUGUGCAGGGAUGAUGAGCCAUGAUCAUCCCCUCAGCCACAUUGGCCUUGCCUCCUCGGGACUGUGCUGCAUGGAUAUGUCAGAUGGGAACACAGACUAGCUCCCAAGGGACUGCACUAGGUCUGUCUUAAUAUUGGCGCCUUCUGGGAAGAGUGGGUGGAAGAGGCUCUUCUCUCUGCCCAGCUCUUUCUCCCUGUCCUCAGCCCCUCUGCACAGGGACAGUCAGAUUUUGGCCUGGAUGUUGCAGAAAAGUAACCAACAGCGCAUUGCCCAAGGAGCAGCAGCAGCGCUGGAGGUGCCGUCUCUGCUCUGGCCCUGAUCUGCAGCCCAAUCCUGCUGCUGCUGGUUUCUAAAUAUUAGUACUUUUCACUGCUGGGAGAUUUCAAAGGAAAAACAUGUCGCAAAAUCUCUAUUUCUUGAGCCCUUUGCAUCCACUUCCUCUUACCAGGUAUGAAGCCCUGUCAAGGGGAGGGGAGGAGAGAUUCCAAGAACCAGUGUGUUUCUGUCGCUCCCAUCCCAUCCCCUGCCAGUAUUAUAUUUGAUGGGAUGGGGAAGGCUGGGGAAGCAGGUACAUAUCUGCUGCCCAGGGAGUGAUGGGGAAGAGGGGGAGUGAUGGUGGGAGGGAGUGUAACACACUUGCUAUUUCCAUAAUGCUACAAAUCCUUCCUGUUUCCAUAGCCCCUGGAAUCCCAGGGUUCUCAGCAGAAAGGCAGCCAGCUCCGUCUGGGGAACGGGAGAGCCAUUGUGGGUGGGGUGGCAUGGAGGGGGAAGGGGGAGCAUGGCAGCCACUGUUCUGCCCCACCAGCACUGCCCAGCAGGGAGGGGAAGUGACUCUGUCCUGGCAAAUCCCAAGUCUGACAGUGACCGCCUGGCCUGUAAAGUGGAGUGGCUGACAGUCGUCCUGUGCGGGGACCGCCCAUUGCACAGGUGGCAGACGCCAGGAAAGUUAGAAGGGUGUGCUGUGCAGACGGCAGGGCACGUGCAGAGCCUCUUCACACCAGCCUGCUUUGCGUCUGAACGCCUACUCCCUUGGGAUAGGUCCUGUGAUAGUGCGAGAGGGAGUGUUUCUGUGAAGACCCCUGGCUGCCUGCAGUAGCAGUUAGCCCCUCUGUCUUUUGUUAGGUCAGUAGGACACCUCAUACUGUGAAGCUUUGAGCUGCACGGGGUGCUGGAGAUGUAGAAAGACGCUUUAGAGAGUGGCAAUGGAAGAAGCAGAUGGGCAAGUGCCAAGUACACACAGUGCUCCUAAACACCUCGCACCUGGCUCUGGAUGACUUGGCUGUCUUCUUACCAUGUCUCCCCACUUGAGGGCAAUAAAUCACAGUUCUUCCA